CUCUUCUACUUCUCUACCUCUGCCAAGAUGGCGGCGGGCCCGGGGAGCGGAGGCGGCGCCGGCGCGGCUGGGGCGGCCUCGGUAGCCUCGCUCUGGAGCGAAGUGAAUCGCUGCGGCCAGAACGGCGACUUCGGGCGCGCACUGAAGUCGGUCAAUAAGAUAUUGCAGAUCAGCAAGGAUGAUGCGACUGCUCUGCACUGCAAAGUGGUAUGUCUUAUCCAAAAUGGAAGUUUUAAAGAAGCUCUCAGUGUGAUUCAUACCCACACCAAAGUAUUAAAUAGUGAUCUGAUAGCCUUUGAAAAGGCUUAUUGUGAGUACAGGUUGAACAGGAUUGAAAGUGCUCUGAAGACCAUUCAAGGAGCCAGUCAGCAGACAGACAAGCUAAAGGAGCUCUAUGGACAAGUGUUGUACAGAUUAGAGCGUUACGAUGACUGUCAAGCUGUGUAUCGAGAUCUCAUCCGCAACUCACAGGAUGACUAUGAAGAAGAACGGAAAACAAACCUUUCAGCAGUUGUUGCUGCACAGAGCACCUGGGAAAAAGUGGUGCCAGAAGAUCUGGGCCUUCAGGAAGCCACCUAUGAGCUGUGUUACAAUGCUGCUUGUGCUUUGGUUGGGCAAGGCAGGCUGAAUGAGGCAAUGAAAAGCCUAAAGAAAGCAGAAGAUUUAUGCCGCCAGUCUCUAUCAGAAGACUCGGAUGUGACUGAAGAAGACAUUGAGGCUGAACUGGCCAUUAUUCAUGGUCAGAUGGCUUACAUUUUGCAACUCCAAGGUCACACAGAGGAAGCUCUGCAACUUUACAAUCAGAUAAUCAAACUGAAGCCAACAGACGUGGGAUUGCUUGCUGUCAUUGCCAAUAACAUCAUUACAAUUAACAAGGACCAAAAUGUAUUUGACUCAAAGAAAAAGGUGAAGCUAACCAAUGCAGAAGGUGUUGAGCAUAAACUCUCCAAGAAACAGCUCCAAGCAAUAGAAUUUAAUAAAGCUUUGCUGGCUAUGUACACCAACCAGGCAGAUCAGUGCCGCAAGCUCUCAUCAAGUUUACAGUCACAGAGUCCUGAGCACCUCCUCCCUGUGUUAAUCCAGGCAGCUCAGCUGUGUCGAGAGAAGCAGCAUGCCAAGGCAAUAGAGCUCCUACAGGAGUUUGCUGAUCAGCAUCCUGAGAAAGCGGUGGAGAUUAAGCUGACCAUGGCACAGUUGAAAGUUGCUCAAGGCAGUGUCACCAAAGCAUGUAUGAUCUUGAGGACUAUAGAAGAGCUAAGGCACAAGCCAGGCAUGGUGUCGGCAUUAGUGACAAUGUACAGCCAUGAAGAAGAUAUUGAUAGUGCCAUAGAGGUCUUGGCACAAGCUAUUGAAUGGUAUCAAGAAUUCCAGCCAAAGUCUCCAGUUCAUCUGUCACUUAUCAGGGAAGCUGCCAACUUCAAGCUAAAGCACGGCCGGAAGAAGGAAGCCAUCAGUGACCUGGAGGAGCUUUGGAAACAAAAUCCAGAUGAUGUCCAUACCUUGGCCCAGCUCAUUUCUGCGUACUCUCUGGUUGAUGGUGAGAAAGCAAAAAUUCUCAGCAAACACUUGCCCUCCUCGGAUACAAUGUCUUUGAAAGUAGACGUGGAUGCGCUUGAAAACUCGCAUGGAGCUACGUACAUUCGGAAGAAAGGAGGGAAACCUGCAACUGAGAGCCAGGAAAAAGAACAAGGGCAAGGGGAUAUCAAGAAGAAGAAGAAGAAGAAAAAGGGAAAACUGCCAAAGAACUAUGAUCCUAAAAUGACCCCUGAUCCUGAACGCUGGCUUCCAAUGCGGGAACGUUCCUACUAUCGUGGACGGAAGAAAGGCAAGAAGAAGGACCAGAUUGGGAAAGGAACCCAGGGAGCAAUGACAACAGCAUCCUCUGAAUUGGAUGCUAGCAAGACUGCAAGCAGCCCACCUACAUCCCCGAGGCCUGGCACCGUAACAGCAGUCCCGUCUGCAUCAACCAGCAAUAUGAUUCCUCCAAGGCACCAGAAGCCUGUUGGUGCAGCAGCAACAAAGAAGAAACAGCAGCAGAAGAAAAAGAAAGGUGGGAAAGGCGGCUGGUGAUCAUGACAAGCCGGCUGUUUAUAUGGAAAUUGUCUAUCGGCUGCGAAUGCUAACAGCCUAAUAAAGGUCAAACAAAAAGCAA